GAGUUGUGUUUUUUGAGAUAUUUUGUUUUGUCAGAGACCUGACAAUUCAACAAUUUCCACAUCAAGUGAAAGGAGUGGAAUAUUUAGGGCAUUCUGUUUUUAAGCAUCACUUGCCCUUGAUGGAGGAAUACUUUUUUCUUCAAUGAGAUCACCUUCAUCUCUGUUUUAAGACAGUGAUCACUAAGCUUUUGACUUUUAAUGCGUGGAUAUUCCAGGAUGAAUUUUAUGAUGACUGUGAGUCCUUUUGUAUUAAUGACACUAUUUUUGUCACUGGGAGAAACCAAGUUCUACAGACCACUCCAGUUUAACCAGUAUAAAGCUGGGCUGAGUCAACACCAUGACCAAGGGAAACCCACCAGCAGACACAAAAACCACUGUGCCUAUGUCAUUGAAAAGACAGUGUCCUUCACCGUUCAGGAUGGGGCAGCCCCCUAUGUAAAAGCUGAGUACAAUAAGUGUUCCUGGGGUCAGAAGUGUCCAACUCUCCUGUAUCGCCUGAUGUACAAACCAAUGUACAAGGUGGCACAUAAAACUGUCACAGAGCUGGAGUGGCGUUGUUGUCCAGGGUACUCUGGUUAUGACUGUAUGGAGGGGCCUCCUGCUUACCAACACCCCAUGAAAAUGAUGCCGCCAUUUAAGGGCCCACCAUUCAAUGGCCCACAGUUCAAGGGCCCACAGUAUAAAGGUCCCAUGUCCACCAGUCCAAUGUUCAAGGGCCCACCCAUUAACUCUGUUGUGAAAGCAAACCCAUGGAGUCAAUCUAAAGGACCUCCCACCGGCAGUUUUAACUCUUAUCCAAUGCGUCACUUUGGGCCUCCAAGGUCCUCCUCCUAUCCAGACACCUCCUUCGAGACUUAUCCGUCUGAGCCAGAGCCAAUGCCAGACCACCAGGAAGCACAUCACUCAGAGCAUGAACAAGAACAUGAGCAUGAGCAUGGGCAUAGCCAGGAACCUGAGGAACAUAUUCCAGAGGAAACCCCUCCUCUCUCUGGUGGUGAACAGGCUGAAGAUGAAACCAUAGGCCAAGCUCUAGACAGUGAGACAGAGGAGCGAAUACAUCGAAUGGAAGAGGACGUGCAACGUCUGAACCAGGGUUUGGAGACCCUGAGGGGAACUGUAAAUGGACUGGAAGAUAGUCUACGAGCCUCACUGAGAGAGGACGCCAACAGGAUGCUGUCAGCCCUGCUCUCUGCUGCCCCUGGUCCUAUUCCAGCUCCAGCUGUGGCCUCUAGUCCAUCCACUGUAGGGUUUGUAGAGAUUCCUGGGGGAGAUCCUGAGACAGAAGGUCUAGAUGGUAGACAUGUGUUUCCAGGCCUUACAGAACUGAAUGGAAGGGUGGAAGAGCUCAGGACAGAGCUGCUCGCUAAGACAGCAGAGCUGCAGGAACUCAAAGCAACAGUGAUGGGACAUGAUGGAGCAUUGAAGAAGAUGUCGAAUAGAACAGGAGUGCCAUCAGACUCCACUAGCAAUCUUGGGGAAACUAUGGAGAAGUUGAUGAAUGCCAAACUGAGUGCAGCCAGGACAGAAAUUCUGGGUGGGUUUGAGAAACGUGUGGAGAGUGCAGAGGGCCGAUGUAAGGAGAAAGCUGGGGAUGUGCUUCGUCAGUGCCAGAGGGAACAAGGGGAGAGGCAGGAACAGAUGGAAGAUGCUCUGGUAGAAAGUAGCACAGACUUAAGAACAGAGCUGAGAAACCUCCAGGCACAGGUCCAUGGUUUAAAGACUGUAGAAAGCUGCUGUGGUAGAGUGAGUGGACUGGUUGAAAGGGUGCAGUUGCUGGAAACAUCAGUGGCAGGCCUCAACCAGUCCCAGGGGCACCUGAGAGUGGAGCUGGGUGGACACAAGGAUCACAUAGAGGGGAUGAUGGAGGGGCGUCUGGGCUAUGUAGAGGCUAAGCUCAACCUGACUGGGCAGCUUAAAAGUGCUGAGUCUGGAAGUAGAAGUAGUCUCCCAGAUAAAGCUGAGACAGGACAGGGCCUGGAGGCCAGAAUGGAGGAUAAGUUAAGAGCACUAGAAGGGCGUUUACUGACAGCUUUGGAGGAGCUGGGUAAUGCCACUGCCCCUGCACUGCUUGAGGGUCAUGCUGUCCCCACCCUGGAGACAGAGCUGGAGUCCCUCCGAGGGAGACUAGAGAUGGAUGUGGACAGAGUGCAAAAGCAUCUGAGCAGCCUUGAGAUUCUGUGUUCUUCUUCCUGUUCCUCUCAAAACCCGACAUCCAUCCAGGGAGACUCUGCUGCUGAUGCAAGUGCUAACCUGGCAGAGGAGCAGAAUGUGAAGGGGGUACUGGAAAUGCAAGGUGACCGUUUGAAUAGCCUCAACAUCACAAUGCAGGACAUCAUGAGGCAUCUGACCCUCAGGGACCAGCAGGAACAAGCAGAGGGUGAUGCUCCCAUAGAGGGAGAGCUCACAAUCCUCAAGUUCAAUGUCCACUCAGUCAACCGCACCCUGAAAGGCCUUCAGGACUCCCUAAGGACAGUGGUCCACCAGGUGGGUAAAGCAAACAGCUCCUGGCAUGAGAGAGAGGCACGCAUGGCCCAGCAGAUGAAAGGUGUGGUCCAGCUGGUUGGACAUCAAGCUUCCAUGCUUGGGGCAGGGGAGCGCAGACUGACCCGACUUAAGGGUGAGCUGCAGGAGAUGAAGAGGCGACUAGCUGUGGAGGUCCGGGGCUGCCGGAGCACAGCUAUGGGGGUGCAGAAAGAGGUAACUGAGGUUGGAGGCCGUGUUGCCAGUGUGGAGGACCAGUGUAAGGGCCUGAAUUACUUGGCAGAAGACCUGGAGAGAAUUAGAGAAGAGUUGGAGAGACAAUCAAAUGGGCUUCUCCUGCAAGUCAAUGGGACUCUCUCCAGCCAUGCUCAGCAGCUGUCUGAGCUGAGAGGCGAACUCAGAAACUGUACCUCCAAAAUGGAGCCAACACAACAGAGUUUAGAGUUGGAAUCCGAACCAAGACGAGGGGACACCUUCACUUUAAAUUAGUUUAUGUGGACAAUAAAUUUUAACAAUGAAUGAAAAAACAAAAAUAUUCUGCAGGUGUAGUGAAAGUCCACUAAAACCUCAUCUUAUUAUUUGUGUUGCACAACACAAAAGGUUUAGAACCUGCACUGAAAUAAGGAUGGUUUUAGUUAGCUCAUGGUAUACUAUUACAUGAGAAAUGAAAAUGGCAGCUAAUUCUGACUGCAAUCAUAACAUUAUACUUAGAUGCAGAAUAUUUUUAUUGAAUCACGAAGGUGUUAAGAACUGUUUGCUGUAACGGACCAUUAUUUAGAGCCCCAGUGACUGAGGAAGAGAUGAACCACAGCAAACUGCAACUGUUAUUGUACUGUUUCUGUAAAGCUUACAAAAAUCCAAGUAUGAACUGUUGUUUACCAAUGUUUACAUGUUGAAGUUUUAGUUUUUGUAUUUUCUUAUGUCUAGACUAGAAAUAUCCAUGAUAUUAUGUUUUUUUUACAUGGUUUAAGUUUUUGAGCAUUAGUUUUUAUUUUGAUUGUAACAGUAUAAUUUCAAGGUUUUUCAAUACUGACAGUCAAAUAAAGACAUUUCUUUACUGUUCAAUGUUUUCUUGGUUAAAAUACUUUUAACAGAAGAGGUGUUAGGUAUCUGUAACGAAUUAUAUUAAGGACUCUUAAUACUCUAGUUUUUUAAUUGGAUUAAUACCAACCCUGAAUUUCAGAAACUAGUAAUUUUUCCUUUAGAGGUGACACAUGCUGAUGCAGGGAAGUGGGGAAACCACAAGAGAGCAUUAGAGAAGCGCAAAUACUAUUGUCCGCUGGGGGCCAGGAAGGCUUGACUUGGCCAUUCCUGCAGAGCAAAAAUGACAGUGGUCUCCAUUCCAAGUUUAUGGGGACAGCCCAUGCUUGCCAGAAGGAAAUUACAAAUUGGUAUUAUUGCCAAGGUGAUAGACAGACAACCAAGGAGUGUUUCGGUACAGCAGUCUAAGUCUCAUUCUCUCCCUCCCUAUGUUCUCAUUGGACAUUGCAAUAGGGCUAUAGGUGACCUUGCUAACCCUCCCCUGUUAGUUCCUGUUCCGCUAUCGGACAAACAACCAUUAAAAUGACAGCUAUGUGGGAGAUGAGCCCACUGUUGUGUGAAAACGUUUUAGCCUGAGACAUGUGGUGAAUAAUAACUAAGAAAAAGGUCAGGGAGGAAAGGAGGGCAGACAGAAAAGAAAGACACCGAAUAUAUGUAGGAACAGCUGAGUGACAGAGCGACCUACAGACACAAAUAUACACCUGAGUAAUGAUGCAGGUUCAUACAUACACACAAACGUAAAGAAAGUGAGAGAUAUAUUCCACUGCUAGAAGCAACCUUUCACACAUAGAUAUGGUAAAUGGACUGCAUUUAUAUAGCACUUUUCUAGUCUUCCGACCGCUCAAAGCGCUGUACAGUACAUGCCACAUUCACACACACACAUUCAUAUGCUGAUGGAACAGCCUUUGGGAGCAAUUUGGCGUUCAGUAUCUUG